UCCCUGUCUCAUCCGUCCGCCGCCUCUACCUCUCGCCUUCUCCAGUUCUCUUCUGCGUCCGCCGCCGUCCGCCACUGUCACGGCCUCCCCCCGCGCCCCUCGCCGUACUGCGCCUGCUGCCUGCUCUGCGCGCGCAUAAUCUCGCCAUGCUGCACUGCUGCUGCCGCCCAGAGCCCGAGCCCCCAGACCUCUUUCCAUUCCCGGGCCUAUUCAAGUUAGAAUGCUCAGAGUUGCAGCGCAGCCUUUAGUUCUUGAUUCAGAUGCUGCACAACAACUUAUCCCUUGGUUACCUGUCCCGGCUUUUUAGUUCAUGAUUUAUUUCAUUUUCUGCUAUAUAUUUUCCAAAGAUUUUCUGCCAAGUACUCCCUCCGUCCCAAAAUAAGUGUCUCACGGAGGGAGUACAUGGUUAUGGACCGGAUUCCGAACCAUUCCCAUGUUGACAUUCGAGUCAUCCGAAAGUUAUGAUAUAACCUUAAAAGGAGUUGAUAAUCUCACAUAUUGUUCCUUCUUUUUUUCUUUUGUAGAUUUGAUGUCCAAGAUGGUUGAACAUUGAUUGCUGUGACUAAAUAUUGUUGCUGGAAAUUUGAAGUCAACUUGCAGCAGGGAAAAUGGUAGAGGCUACUAUACUGCUUGUCGUACAGAAAAUUGCCACGGCCGUAGCACUAAAUGCUGCUUCAACUUUAGCAAACAAAGCCGCGGCCGUGGUUGCAAUCCCAAGUAACAUGACAUUGAUUAGUAAUGAACUAGAGCUUCUACAAGCUUUUUUUAUGGACAUUGAAAUGAGGGGUCAUUCAAGUCAAGUAACAGAAACAUUGGUUGCUCAAGCCCGCAGAUUGGCUUAUCAUAUUGAAGACGUUGUAGACCAGUACAUUUAUGUUGUAGGCACAACCCAUCAGAAGGCUUCACCAUGGUUGGGUUGUGUAAAGAAGGUUGCGAAGAAGCCUAAAUCUCUGUAUACUCUUGAUCAAAUUGCCAAUGAAAUUCAGAAGAUAAAUCAACGACUUCAGCAGCUUAAACAAAAUAGGGACUGGACUCAACCAACCGGCAAUUUUCCUGAAAAAAGCUAUGACCACGAGCAUCAACUCUACAUUCCUGGUCAUGAUUAUUUGAUUGCUGAUGAUGACCUUGUAGGGUUGGACAAGAACAGGGAAACCUUGAUCAAAUCCCUGCAUCUAGAAGAUCACCCUCAUUUGCUGAUGAUUGCUGUGUGGGGCAUGGGUGGCAUCGGCAAAAGUACGCUUGUCUCAAGUGUGUAUAGAGAUCAGGCAGCCAACUUCCAAUGCGAUGCAUGGAUUUCUAUCUCCCAAUCUUGUAAAUUGGAUGAAAUAUUUCAGCAAAUGUUGGAAAAAUUAAAUGUACAAGACGCUGAAGAAUCUGAUGCUGAAAAUACGAGGGGUGUGAGAACUGAAGAGCCUCGAGUGAAACUGAAGAGACUCCUGCAGAACAGGAAGUACCUGAUCGUACUGGAUGAUGUAUGGACACCCACAGAUCUCUUGAAGAUUAAAGAGGUUCUUAUUGAUAAUGGCCAAGGUAGCAGGGUCAUUAUCACAACAAGAACUCACGAUGUAGCCUCAAUAGCAGAUGAAGGUUGCAAGUUAAAAGUAGAUAAAUUGGGUGAUAAUGAUGCAUGGCAGCUAUUCUGCAGGAAGGCAUUCCCGAAAAGUGAUGAACAUAUUUGCCCUACAGAUUUACACGAGUAUGCCAAAUGCAUAGUGGACAGAUGUGACGGGUUACCGCUUGCUCUUGUAGCAAUAGGGAGCAUGUUGUCCCUUAGAACAAAUAGUGCUCAAGAGUGGAAGCUCUUUAAGGAUCAACUUAUUUGGGAGCUGGGCAAUAACAAGGAGAUCACUGUUGUAGGAAGGAUUCUUCAUUUAAGCUACAAGGAUCUGCCAAUCUAUUUGAAGAACUGUUUCCUGUACUGUUCAAUUUUUCCUGAAGACUUUCCAAUCGGAGCAGCCUACCUGGUCAAGCUAUUGAUCUCCGAAGGAUUUGUUGAUGUGAGAGGAACAUGCAGCUUAGAAGAUGUAGCAAAAGGCUACAUUAUAGAGCUUGUCAGACGGAACAUGCUUCAGGUGUUAACAAGAAAUAGUUAUGGAGAGAUCAGCAAUCUUCAAAUGCAUGAUCUUGUGCGCGAGCUCGCAAUUUUGCAAGCUCGAAAGGAGAGUUUUAGCACUGUUUAUGAUUGCACCUAUGGAGUGGUACCAUCAGGAUUGGCUUCUCGUCGAAUUGGGCUGCACAAAUGCAAUGAGGACUUUACGUCAAACGUUGACAUAUCUAAGGCCAGAACAAUCUUAUGUUUUGACAAAAGCAUGCGAAUAGAUAUUUGGCUCUCUAUCCUAGAAGAAUGCAAGUACAUUGCAGUGUUGGACUUCUCAAAUCGUGCGAUCAAGGUCAUUCCAGAUUCAAUUGGGGAGCUGUUCAACCUAAAGUUUUUGAACUUCGAUGUGACCCAAGUUGAGGAACUACCAAAAUCCAUUGGGAAUCUUUCCAAGCUAGAAACACUAAGCCUUGAAGAUGCAAAUUGUUUGGUUUUACCGAAAGGGGCUAAAAAGCUCAAGAACUUGAGGCACAUGCUUAUUUGGAAAGAUCUUCGCUCGGAAUUGAGCUUCAGGACAUUUGAAUCCAUCGAGCCUUUUGAAGGCCUAUGGUGUUUGAAACAACUGAGAACAUUACACUCAGUUCAAGCUAGCACAGAUUUUGUUGAGAAAAUAGGAAAUCUUUCUCAACUAAGAAUCCUUGUGAUUACUGAGGUAAAGGGCAGCCAUUGUGCGCAGCUGUGCGGAUCUUUAUCAAAGAUGCUGCACCUCCAGAGUUUGAGCAUAAGAGCCUUUGACGAGAAUGAUGUGCUCCAGCUUGAAGCAUUGGCACUGACGAAGCCUCUUCAAUCGCUUACUUUGGAAGGGCGACUGUCGGAAGGAACUCUGGGAUCUCCAUUUUUCUCAAACCAUGGACAUGAACUUUUUGAACUAACACUAGCUUGGUCUAAGCUUGUCGAGGAUCCAAUGCAGAAGCUCUCGAAAUCUGAAAAGUUGACCCAUUUAGAUCUUAAACGAACUUAUGAGGGAGAGAGGAUAAACUUCGGGGCUGGGUGGUUCUCACAUUUGAAGGUUAUGCGGUUGAGAGAUUUGCCACAUGUGAAUCAAAUAUGCAUUGGUGAAGGAGCUUUGGGGGGCCUUGAAGAGCUUAUCGUCUAUAAACUUGUGGAACUGCGGGGCGUCCCUGAACAGCUGAAAACUCUGAAGUAUGUGAACUUUACUGAGCUGCAUCCUGAUUUUGGGCAUAAUUAAGACCGGGAAAGACAUGAGCCUCUGUCUGUUUGAAGCAUGUUUUCUGGUUAUAUUUACUACUACUUUGUUUACUUUCUUAACACUAUGUUGUAAUAAGAUUCACUGUCAGGUUUUUUCACCCCUUAGCCCAGCUUCGACCUGUCGCUGAGCAGAGGGUUUUUCCUGGCGUUUAAUUUCGUCUGUACUCAACUUUGUUGUUGAAAAAUCUUAGCUAUUCCGUUU